ACGUAAAUAAAGAACCAAGCAUUUUCUGGAAGUGUGCACUUCAGUCUCGCACGCAUCAUAUGUUAAGUGUCAGGGAUCCAGCCAGCUCUGUCCAGGCAUUAGCAGGCUAGAAAACAGGCCAACAAGCUGUAGAGCUAGAGUAAAAGCAAGCUGGAUUGAUUGUUUGCUUUGUUAUCAGUUAUCAGUUGAAAGCUAAAGUAGCCUGUAUCCUUAGUCCAGUCUGUCUGCUAAGAUGCUACAUUACAUCGACGUUUCUGUUACUGCCUGCUGCUGCUGCUGAUGGUGAUGCUGAUGGUGUUUCCCUCCUCACACCGUCUGUCACAUCCGUGUAUCUGUGGUGCUGUUUCCUGCUGCAGGAUGUGUGAUGAGGAGUUGAAUCCAGCUGCAGUAGCCCAGCCAGUAGAGGAUGUACAUGGAGAUGGACGGUGGAUGGCACAGCACACAAGAUUUGUGCAGGAGUGUAAAGAUGGUGAACCAGAUGUACUUUUCGUUGGUGAUUCAAUGUUUCAACUAAUGGAGCAGUAUGAGGUCUGGAAGGAGUUUUUCUCUCCUCUUCAUGCUCUAAACUUCAGCAUUGCAGGAGACACCACCUGUAAUGUGCUGUGGAGGCUUCAGAAUGGAGAGCUGGAGAACAUCGGUCCCAAGGUGGUGGUGUUGUGGGUGGGAACCAACAAUUAUGAACACACAGCAGAGCAGGUUGCAGGAGGAAUCCUAGCCAUUGCACAACUGCUCGCCUCCCACCUCCCAAAGGCAAAGAUAGUUGUACUGGGUUUGUUGCCUCGAGGGGAGCAUCCCAACCCUCUGCGUGUGAAGAAUGCUGCUGUGAACGGGUUCCUGCACUCCUGGCUGCCACGGCUGGGUCAGACUCAGCUCUUGGAUGUGGGCAGGGAGUUUGUUCACUCUGAUGGAACCAUCAUCCCUAGGCACAUGUUUGACUUUCUUCACCUGACAUCAACAGGUUACCUCACCGUGGCCAAGCCCCUCAGUGACCUGCUGCUCCAGAUCCUGGAUGAGACACCAGAGGAGCGACAGGCAUCACUGGUGUGAAUGAAGGCUAUGGCAGAGAGAGAGAGCAGCACGUUAAAACCAGAGGCUGCUGUGGGUGAAGAUGAGGGAAGUGGGAUGACAUUCAGGAGUGGAGAGAGGUGAGGAAAAGGGAGAGAGACCUCAUGACAGACAUAAAAUUAAACCAAAUCCUAAACACCUUAUUGUCCCCACAGGGAAAAUAUCUUUCGGCAACAGUAUUACAACUGCACAAUAUACAAGACAAGCAAAAAACAGCACAUAUGGUGCAUGUGGCUACAUUUUCUGAGUAUACACAAACUCAAUUAGUUUUGCUAUAUAUCUAUAUAUCAUUAUCAUUAUUAUUAGUAUAAUUAUCAUUAUAAUAUUAGUAUUAUUAAUAAAACAACAACAAUAAUAAUAACAAUAUAUUUUAGUUUUUGCUCUUGUCAGCAGUCGUAUAUUGUUUUAUUUGUGGCAACUGCUACAAUAUUAACACUGAUCCUAUUUUUGAUUCAGAUUUGAGUAGAUUUGAUUCACUCACUGCUCUUUUUUUCUUCUAUCCCUCUCUCUACCUGUAACUCACACAAAGAGUGAAACACAAUGACAUCAGACACUUUACAGAAAAAUAUAUAAUAUAAUUUUUUUUUAUAAUUUUGUUGUUAUGAACAGACUUGAAGUCAGUGUUUAUUGAGCAGGUGAAGCAAGAUCCAAUCUCAUGUGAUCACCGUAGAAGCAUCCAGGAUGCAUUUAUAUGUUAUGGUAACUUUUUCAAUUAAUUUCAAUUUUAUUUGUUUGGCGCCAAAUCACACCAUACAUUACCUCAAGGCACUGUACACAGUAAGGCAGAGACCUUUACAAUAUUAUAUAGAGAAACCCAGCAGUUCACGCAAUGUCCAAACACUAGGCAUUGGUGGAGAGAAAAAUCUCCCUUUUAACAGGAAGAAAUCUCACAAACUAGGGAGAGAAGAUUAAUGACAUACAGUGCUGCAAAAAAGUAUUUGCCCCCUUCCUGAUUUCUUAUUUUUUAGCAAGAUCAGAUGUGUAUAUCUUAGCAACAUCGUAACAGAUCGGGAUGAAUGUUGUCAUAAGAUAGUAAUAGCUAUAAGCAGUUAAAGUUCUAUACAGAUCAAAAGUUAAACAAUUCAUGUGUCGGUAUGUAAAACACAGGUGUGCUCUCUGAGUGCUCUUGUCUUUUGCUGGUUGUAGGCCAGCAGAGGGCACACACUGCUUACCUUAUACACACUCAAAUAUCCCUGUAACUGGCACAGACUCUCUCUCCCUCUCCCUCCUUGUCAUAUAAAUAUAAAGUGCAGAAGCUCAUUUUGAUCCUCACUUCCUUUUUAUGUCUGUCUCCGUUGUGUUCACAGAGACUCCAGCUUUUCCACACUGCAACCUGACAUUGUGUAGUUACGGAGUAAGUUUAGAAAGAAAAAAUAGCCACUUGGUUAUUAGAGGGAACACGGAAUAUUGUCAUGCUAAAUAAUCAAGAAAAAUCACACUUUGUAUGGAUAAGAAAUUGAAAUUAUACUGUUGUCUUGAGCUCUGCACAUUCAUGUGCAAUGUUGAAUAGAUAUAUUGAAUAUGUGUCUGUGUGCCUUAAGUGUUGAUGAAGACAGUAUGAUUGUGUAAGUGAGAUGUUUGUGUGUUUAGAAGUGAGUCCAGUUGUAUAUAAGAAGUGAAGCUUGAGAAACUGAGAUAUAUUGAAAGUUUUUUUGGUGCAAUACAGUGUUUGCACUACUUUGAUUCGCUGUCACAUUAUUGUGUCAAAGCAUUCCAAUAAUAAAAACAAAGAUCUGA